AUGGCAAUCCCCCGAGACGUGCAAGAAUUUCUCGACGCGUAUCCUGACGUCGAGGAUGACCCCGCGGCCACGGCGAACCUCGAAUUUUAUUCGAACAAGCACCGCUGUCGGCCGGAUAAUUGCACAAUUGAGGAGAUCCACGAAACAUGGCUCGGCGAUUAUGACAAACUAGAGUUCAAGCAUGGCUACAUACAGUGGCUGUUUCCGAUACGAGAGUAUGGAAUGAAUUACGAAUCCCAGCCUCUUCAGACACACGAAAUCCAGAAGAUGAAGGCUGAUCCUGCCGUCGUCGAACGCGUCUUUGAGUCCUACAGGCUGAUGCUUGAUUUCUAUGGUAUGCGUCUCGUGUCGACGGAAACUGGGCUUGUCGAUCGCGCUCUCCCGCCUCGGAACUUUGAGGCUCGUUAUCGCAACCUCGCUCGUGAGUCUCCGCCUUUCAGGUCAAAAAUAGAUCCGACUAUUCACCGCCCGCCACCUUCCCAAGGCGCGUCCCAUAAUAAUCUUCGCAUCUCUCGCAUCUUGAAGUGCCUUUCGGAAAUGGGACUGGAAAGGCUCAACGCCGGAUUCCUGCUACACGUCCUAGCUGAACAGAGUGAGUUCAGUGAACUAAAUUCAUGGGGAAUACGCAGCAGCAUGGACAGAUGGUGGGCAAAUUGCUUAAGAAACGAAGAAGAACGAGCGUGGAUUAGGGAUCUCAUACGAAGAGUCCGUUUGGCCGAGGAUGGAUACGUUUUUACAAGAGACAACUAUGAGAAAAUCUUGAAAAAUAGAGCAGAGACAGGAGAACUCGGGCUUCCGCAGAAUCCCCUGGGAGAGCAGCCUCAGACCGACGAGGAGAGCAUACGUAAAACAGACUGA